AUGCAUAAUUUUCCUAACAAUCCGCCUAAUAAUUCGCCUAACAAUCCGCUUAAUAAUCUGGCUAAUAAUCCACUUAAUGAUCCGGCUAAUAAUCUGCCUAAUCACAAUCUGCAUAAUAAUCUGCAUUUGGGUACUCACCCAACUAUCAUUUACAAUCGGUACGGACCGUAUGGAGCAGGUUACGAUCAGAUUUGCCAGGUAUGUAUGUAACACUUCUAACAUUUUUGGUGUUUCGGAAAUAAGACUAUUACGAUUUACUUUGGUUUUACUAUGAUAUAUGCGUAGGUGUUUCAUUUUUAUUUGUAUUUUUAAUUUUAGAUUCUGAAUGUAGCGAAGAACGUAUUCAGUAUUGAUUUUAUAAAGCUGUUUUUUUUUUUCAGUUUUUUAUAUUAUGUACACAAAUUUUACCAGAAAUCAUACUCCGAAGUAUCAAGUAUAGCACUUUUUUUAAAAGAGAAUUUUCCUGGGAUGGUACUUUAAGGCGUUCAUUUUUUGAUUUUUCCAGGUUUUUUUUCCAUUAAAUGUGAAAAAGCGGGAAAAAACGUAGGAAAAACGGGAAAUUAGAUGAAAUAUUAAACAAAUAUUAUUAAAGAAAAUAUAUAAUGUAUAUGCAAUUAUUUCACUGUAAUGUGACAUAUAUAUUGUUGAUAAAGCAACAUUAUUAACCGAAUUCUGCUCAGAAUCGAAUUUUGUUUGCAUUAAAUUUUAAUGCACAUUUAAACAUUAAAUUUCCCCUCUUCCUUCCAAAAUUCUCACCUAUAAUAGUGGCUCAUUCACGUGCGAAGUAUUUGACUUUUUUUAAUUUUCUUUUGUGUACAACUUUUCUACUAGAAAUUUUGCACCAGUUAAAAAUUACAAGGGCCUCUAAAGUUAAAUUUUGGAUCGUGUUGGUGCAAUGAGAGAUCAUUAAUUUUCUAAGCAGUUUCAAUAAUAAUUGAGAAAAUCUGGAAAAAUACAUAAAAUGAAAACUAACAAAUUUACGUAAUCGUAAUUUACAUUAUGAUUUCAUUAUUUAUUAAAUUUAUACGGUUAAUGCUUUCUACUAGAAAUAUUGAUUAAAUCGAAAAAUAACAAGAGACCUUUUUUGCUGAAAUAUAGAUUUCACUGGUUAGUAAAAAAGUUGUUUUUUGUUUAUUUGAGUAGUUUUCUUAAUAAUUGAGAAAUAUUGAGAAAAAACGAAAAAGUUUACGAGUUCCGUUAUUUUAAAUUUUAUUUGUUGUUGUAAUUCAGUUAAAAAUAUUCGUGGCAUCUUCAAAUGUUAAUAAAAAAAUCAUACUAGUUUUUUUAGACGUAAAACAAUUUUCAAAGUAUUCUGAAAUAUUUUUUGAGGUAUUUAUAGGCAUCUUGCAUUUUCUAAUUUUUGUUUACGUAAUUUAAGAUCCGGAGGGUAGCGAGGAAUCUACGGAUAUUUCUGUAAUGGGUGUUUUUUUUUUUUUGUCAAUUUAUCAGGUAUUUUUUAAUCAAUUAUCAUGUAUCAAACAUUUAUAAUAUUAAUUAUUACUAUUUGAUAACAGUAAUUUUAUAUUAUUCUAUAUUAAAAAAAACCAUGUACAAGAUAUGAUAAUCAUAAUAAAGUACUCAAACCAAUAGCGAAUAAUAUAAUAUAUUAUUAAUUGAAUUAAAAAUACUAUUUACAAUAAAUAAUAAUAAAUUAUUUAUUGCCAUUAACUUAUCCCUAUCUGAGAUAUCUCAAAUAGUUUUACGCUUAUUUUGAUUGGCAGAAAAAGCCGAACAGAACAAAUAUUUAGUUAUUUUACCAUCUUGAAAAAGAUUCCUUUAAUGGAAUUUAGUUUUUUUUCCAGCGAUCAAAAGAUUUUAUAUAUUUAUUAUUUAAGACCAAUUUGCAUACUGUACAUUUUUUUUUUAUUUUUUAUUUUUUUUUUUUUAUUAGUAUAGUCAAAGAAUAUUAUACACUGCAAUAUAUUGAUAAUAUUAAUUAAAAUCUUUCUUUUUUUUGUUAUUUCUCAAAGAAUCACUGAAACAACGUAAAAAACCCAGCUAAAUUUCGAAAUAAAUUUAAAAACGAGCCUGUCGUUUACACUAACAAUAUUAAAAGAUAAUGUAUACGCACAGAAGAUUCUUCCCCGAUUCAAGCAUACUGCACGUAUAUUAUUUUAUACUAGGAAAGAAAAAAAAACCUUUACGAAGCUUUAUACUGAUAACGGUUUUCAUUAAAACUAACUGUCGGGGAAAGCUCCAUACAAUAAUUUCGAUACAUAAACGCAGUAUACCAUCAUAAUAUUUAUUUGGGUGUCAAAACUUAAACAUCAAACGUUUUAACUGACGUCGAUUUCAAUAUUGUAAAUAAAAGAAUAUUUUUUAUUUUAAAAUCCUAGCUCCAUUUUUUAUUAAUAGACGAUUUCCAGGUAUUUGAAUUAUUAUUAUAACAAUUUCGUUUGGAACAUAAUUUAUUUUACAUAGGUACAGCUGUAGUGGUGUAAAUUGGUCUGUGAAAAUGCCAAGCACUUGCACUACCGCAUUUCAAAUGUUAAUACUGUUUAAUUAAUUAUACAAAUACAUACUAUAUAAAUAAUUAAAAUUAUAUAAAUUGCACAACCAUUACGUAAAAUUCAGAUAUGUGCUUUUAUUAAUUUUAGUACUUUUUUUUACAUAGACUUUUCAAGUAAUGACAAAAUUAUUUUUUAGAUUCGGAGCAAAGCGAGGGAUCAACAUUGGUUUUACUAUGAUAUUUGUUUAUUUUUUUUUUUUUUAAUCUUGUUGAAAAUAAUCGUUAAGACCUGAAAUGGUCCCAAACUUCUUAUUAGCCUAUCUAGACGUGGUUCGAAUUUCAAAACGUUACACAAAUACGUUUGGGCAUGUGUUUUUUUUAGGCAUUUUAUACAUAGUUAUUUAAAUUCGGAGCAUAGCUAGGGUUCUAUGGGUUGUACUAUGAAGUGUGUUUUUAUUUUUUCGGUGUUCUAUGAAUAAAACGGUUUAAAAGAUCAACUAUAAGUAGUAUUUAAUGGUAAAAAAAGUUGAGUUUAAUAUACUAGUUUUUUUUUAUAGCAUUUUUAAGUCCAAAUUUUAACAAAAAUCGUAAAAGUUACGGCAUUUCAAAACGUGUAUUACCGAAUCGCUGAGAAUCGUUUUUCAUUAGCAACGGUUCAUCGUUACUUAUUCACUUAUACAGAUAUAAACAAACAGCUUCAUAUUAUAUUAUCGUACUUUCCCAACUUCCAACCUACAAUAAUAGCACACGCAUUCCCAGAACCAGCAAGUAAUUUUUUUUAUAUAGGUAUAUUAAAAUUGAUGUUUUAAAAUGUAUCUUUAUAGAGAACACCGAUCACGCUGAUUAUAACACCUACACUUGUAAAUAUUUAAUUUUAUAAUACUACUUAGAUAUAUUAAAAUAAUAUUUUUAGAAAAUACCUACGCUAAUUUUAUUUCAUAACUGUAUAUUUUUACCGACUGGUUUUUUUUCUCUAUCCGGCCGCAGCCAUCGUUAAUCGUGACAAUGGAACCAACGCAGGCCGCUACUUACAUUAAUUCAAUGAUAACCGCUCAAACAAUAACAACGCCAGUUGUUUCCUCAAUCAACAGUAAGCGCGAAAUAAAUUAUAAUAAAUUGCGAACUACAAUUUAUAAUUAAAUUUUCAUCUCUAAAUUUUUUUUGUUUUUUUUUUUCUUUUUGGGAAAUGUUACAGCGCACAUUGUGGGCAACCAAAACGUUUUGUCGACCUUGCCGUCGUCGACAAUACCGAUAUUUACGAUUGGCGACCGUCCGAACACGUCUACCAGAGAACAACUGUCGUCGACCAUAACUACGUCCAAUCCGAUCAUGUACAACAGUUCUAUGCAACAACAAACCUUCUCUACACGUAAGAACCGUUUUGAUUAUAUUAUCAAUCGUUACUAAACGUUAUACGCGGAAAAUUAAUUACAACAGCAAAUGAUUUUUAUCCACUCCCGCAUGCAGUAUUUACGGGGACGGGUCGUGAGGGAUGGAUCCGCCCCUACGACAUAUUUUGCACGUACAUUAUUAAAUUAUAUUAAUUAUAUCUAAUGUAUUUUUAGAAUUUAUAUUGAUUUGAUAGUAUAAAAUGCGUGGUCAUCGCGGUAAAAUAAUCAUAUAUUGUCGAUUAAAAGUAAUGCACCACGGUUCACGACGUGACCUCCCACCCCUAGAGUAGUGUUAUUCUUAUGGUGGUGACCGUGGUGACAUGUAAUCUGCAGAUAUAAAAGACGAUAACGGUAAACCUAUAAUCAUAUACCGUCGAGUUUCUGUAGAAAUCGAAAAACACAGUUGUUAUCUCGUUAUCAUAAUAUUAAAAAUUAAAACAUGGGUUCGACUAUUUUGAUUUUAAAUUGAUAACGAACUGCGGCUCAUAGAAGCAAAAUUCAACGAGAUACUAGAGCGACUAAAUUAUCAUUUUCACAUACUUAGUUUAUAUCUUCUUCGUCAAAUAUUUCAUAGUUUUUAAAAAAUUCGUAAUAUAAAGAAUAUUAAUAUUAAAAAAACAUCAAUAACUACUUCACACUUUACAAGUAAUCGAAGUAUAUACACUAGAGUGUUUCAGAACUUUUUUUUACAUCAGAUAUUCUUCUUCUCGUAAUAUUUUGUUCCCUAGAUCUGAAUAAAGCUCCCAAAUUAUUUUUAGAUUUUUUUUUUUAAUUUUUAAAGGUUACGAGCAUCGUUUUUAUGAAAAAAGUUGUGUUCUUUGUUUUUAUUUUUUUAUAUUUAUAAAUAAUAAUUUUAUAGGCAAAAUCUUUAAUUCGAAAAUCAUCAGAAAAAAAUACAAAUACACUUAUAUUUUUUUCAAAUUAAAUAAUCUAAAUUUUACCACUCGUUCAGGCCUUCAAAUGCGUCCUCUUACUAUUAUUUAGUUUUGAACAUAUUUUGUUUUAUUUCUAUCACGAAUAUUUUUUUUAGUAUUUGAAUGAUUAAAAUCAAAUACACAGCUAAAAAUGUCUAAAAAAAUCGUUUAUUUACUUUAAAUUAGAAUUUAAAUACUUACUUUUUUUUUUAAAUUCAACCAAUUUUAAUGAAUUGUUUUCAUCUGUUUAAUUAUAUUAUGAUCUUUAAUAUACUAAAUUCCUUUUCUUAUGCAAAUAAUAGUCAGUUUUUCCGCUAUUUUUCGUACACGUUAAUUAAUUUCCUUUUUUUCUGUCGUAUGUAUCCAAAGAAAAUGACGCGAAAUGGUUUAAAGGUAAACUAUCAUUUUUAUCCACUUUUUCGUCACAAUUCCCUAUUAGCUAAUUGUUCAAUUUAUGAAAACAUAAAAAAACGUCUCACAAAUACGAGUUACAGACGUCGGAAUCAGAAUUUAUACUGAAACUGUCAAAUAACCAAAGCCCAAAUAUUCGAAUAAUAAUAACAUAUAUAAUUUUAUCAGUUUUCCAUCGCCUUAGCGAUAACACCAAUAAUCAUUAAUUACAGACGAUGACGUAGAUUUCAACGAAUUUUCCCAACGUUAUUUUAAAAUUUUAUAAAUAUCAAAAAUCAAUUUAUGAUAACAAAAUGGUGUAAAAAUGUUAUUAUUUCAUGAAAUUUCAAAUAAUUAUAUUUCUUGUAAUUUCAACUGUAACUCAUUAAACAAGUACAACCAUUCUCUUGGUAACUAAUGGAGAAUUAGUAAAAAAUAUUUUAAACUCUAAAAUAUAUAUUUAAGGGUUAAAAUGAUUGAUUUAUCAAUCCUUUAAAAAAUGUACAUUUGAAGUCCCGAACAAGUGGUAAAAUUUAGAUUAUUUAAUUUGAAAAAAAUAAAAGUGUAUUUGUAUUUUUCUUCCGAUGAUUUUUGAUCUAAAUAUUUUGGUUAUAAAAUUAUUAUUUUUACAUAAAAAAAAAAUCAACUUUUUUCAUAAAAUCGAUGCUCGCGACCUUUAAAAAUAUGAAAAAAAUCUAAAAAAUUCGGGAACUCUCUAAGGACCACAAUAUUACGAGAAGAAAAAUAUCUAAUAAAAAAAGAUGUCCUGAAACACCUUAAUAUAUACGUAGAAACUUAAAUAUUAUAUUUUAAUGUGUGUGCAAAUGUAUUUUGUAAUUUGAAAAAUUAAAACAUAUUAUAAAAAGUGAGGUGCAGGUAUACAUUUUGUACGCUGUAGGAGACGUUGCCACGGGCCUUAAAAUUAUUUUCAUCAUCCGCUCUCUAGAAAAAAUCCUAAAUACGCCACUGGCUCCCACAGCGACCAGAAAAAAACAACGUAUCCGCUUUAUCAUUUUUACGCGAUGAGUUGAUUCCCUUAAUAAAAAUUAUUAAAAAGAAAAAAAAAAGUAUUAUUAUAUUGCGUGAUAAUGUAUACUGCAGGUAAUAUUAAGCCGAGAGCCUCGGGUAAAAAUUAACAUAGAAAAAUAAUGUUUGUGAUGUAUUUCCUUCGAUAAUUUUUUCUACCAUUUCAAGAUAAAUAGUAAAAUAACAAAGCAUAUCUCGAUGAAAAAAAAAUGUAUAUACUAUAUACAUAGAACUUUUAAGUUCUUAUUAAAUCAUUAAAGUUUGAAAAAAAUGAAAAAAACCAAAUAUUAUAUUAAUUUUGAAUAAAAACAUCAUAUACCUGCGAAUAAUCGCUUUACGUACAGUUUUAAUUUAUCUUUUUUCCUGCCGCUUUCAAAAAGAAAAUAUAAUAAAAACCUAUAAUAAUAAUUGUAUUUAAAUAUUUGUUUUUAAUUUUUCCUGAAUCGAUGCUAUUCAAUUUUUUAAAAUAUUAUAUUUUUCUACUGUCUAUCCGCAUAGGUAAGUGUAGUAUUAGUAUAUUAUAAUAAAUAAUUAAAUUUUUUUUCGGUUUAAAUAUCUAAAAAUGAAUUACUCGAAUUUCAUUGACAUGCCCUACCUUCCCCCCCCCCCUAUGCAUGUAUAUAUUAUAUACGAACCUUAUUUACCCCGGAUUGCUGAUAGACAUCGGCAUUUUUCAUUAUAAUAAUAAUAAUAAUAAUGAUAAUGAUAAUAAUAAAAUAUUGAAUAUUUUCAUUUUAACAUGUCAAAGGCAAAAACGUAAAUACCUGUCACGAUAAACUGUGUUUGCGUAUAGUGAAAGUGUAUCUUUUGUGUACUACCGUGCACUGUGCACCACCAUAUAAUAUUAUAUUAUAAUGUACAAAACAUUACGUAAACAUUUUGAAUAUAACCCGCGUGUAACGCUAUUAUUUUUACGUCGAUAAAAAUUAAAGAUUUUUUGUGGUUAGGUAUUUUUUUUUGUUUCCUCCUCACCCCCCCCCCCCCCCACCGGUUUGUUUUUACGCCGCAGUAAAUAAUACGCAUAAAUAUCGAGUAAAUCGGGGGUAAACAGCUUCGGUAAAUAAUAUACGUAAAUUGCAUCCUAUACACAAGCAAAUAAACCGUAUGAAAGAUAAAUAUUAUAAUUAUUAUUUAAAAAAAAAAAAAAAAAAAAUCCGACAAAAAACAAAAUACAUUAUUUAACAGCUAGUUAUAAUGCGUUUCGUUAAAUUUGUUCGACAGACGCGGGGAUUAAACGAAAUAUUCGUUUUGAACGUAGACCGCGAUCCUUUGAUCCUGUCCCGAGUAUACGGACCGUAGCGUCGUGUCGAUGUUGCGGAGGGCACGGUAUUUGUAGAAAAUACAGUGUAAUAUUAAAUUAGGUCUAUCGUCUAAUACGAAAACCGUGUAAAACAAUACGUUAACGUGAUAUUAUAAAACAUUUCGCGCAUACGCUAUUGCAAGACAUAUGCAUAAUAAUAUACUACUCGUAGACGGUCAAAAAUAAUAAUACAUCACGCGAAGAGUUCGCGCGUAUAAAAUAUAUAUUAUUAUCAACUAUCGAGUGUAAUAUAUCAAACCGCGCGAAACUCCGAUACGAAACCCCCGAUUUUCACGAUUUUCCCAGCGCAAACGAGAAGUUCUACGACGGUUUUACACUAUGUGAAACCGUCGUGUAAAACCAGGGAUGGACAAGUUACAAUACAUAGUGUAACUGGAUACUAGUUACAAGUUACUAUAAUUUUGGGUAACUGAUUACAAGUAACAGUUGCAUAUAUCCUGAGUGACUGGUUAACAGUUACAGUUACUGCAACUAAGUUACAUUAUAAGUUACAAAUAAUUUAUCAAAUUUGUAUACAAAAUAACAAUAAUAUAGUUUUAAGACAAUAAAAAAAAUGCAAUUAAUUUAUACGAUAGGUCAAUAGUUACAAGUUAAAGCUAAUAUAUUAAGGCCGAGUUGCACAAACGUUCUGUAUUAUUUAAAGACCUGUAAACGAAGUAUUUACUGAUCUGCAACUGACUAUAAGUAUUAUAAUUAUAGAUAUCAUAACUAGUAAGCGAUAUGGCACGUAUUAUUCCGUUCUUAUCACAAAUUGAAAUAAUAUUGUUUAGUAUUAAACAAAAUAAUGAUACAAAAUGAUUUUUGUAACUUAAGUUACGUGUAUCUAAUGGUUACAAGUUACAAAACAAGUUGUAACUCGUUACAUUUGAGAGUUAUUUGAAAAUUGUGGAACUUAGAAGUUACAAGUUACAAAAGUAAACGAGUUACUUUGAUACAUGUAACUAUGUAACUAAUUACUGCUCAUCUCUAUUUACAUAUUAGUUUACAAUCCGAAUAUAUUGCACCCGGUGCGAAAUUUCAAAACACGCCCUCGCCAACUCUGACAAUUCACUGCGAUAAAAACUCAAAGCCGAAGGAUUUUCACGAAACCGAAUUCAAACGAGUUUUAUAAUUAUUAGAUUGCGGAUUUAAAUGCUUUUAAAAAAAAAAACAAUAAAAAUGCAUAAGAAAAAUACAAUUGAAUGCACUUAAGUAAAAAUAAAGGUUAACAAAUUCCUUAAAAAAAAAAACUGCUUUUUAUUAGGUAUUUAAAUUUACUAAACACAACAGUGCAAAUAGCGCAAUACGACUACGUUAUUACAACUUGCAAAAUAGCUUAUCGUUUUCAGCUGGCAUCGUAUUUAUCUGGUAUAAUCGGUAAAUCUAUACCGCCAAUACAUUUUAAAAAUAAAAGUAUGAAUAUUUUUUCUUUUGGGAGGAAAUCAAAACAAAUUUUAUCCAUUUUUCUGAUAAUGCUAAGGAGUUAGUAGAAAGAAGAAAAAAUACCUCAAAAGCCGAAAUAUGCAUUUAAAAUGUCUGAAAAUAAAAAAAAUUCUAAAAAUGCAAAAUUAAAUUUUCAUACUUUAAUUCUUUUAUAAAUGAAACGAAUUCUGUGAUUGGAAAACAUUGCUUUAGGACAUUCAGAAAAAAAUUCAAAUCGCAUUAUAAUCCGCGCCUUAGUUAUAAUAUUAUCUCUCGUAUCGGAUGUUUCUACAUUUCAAAUUUGUUAUGUAUUGAUCUAUUUUUACGCAAUAUCCGUAGGCUUCGUAUUGCGCCCGGGGCGAGGGCACCGUCCCCCCCAUUGAUACGGUCCUGCAUAUACGCGUUGCUCUGUGGCGAGAGCGCCGGUAUAGAAUCGUAGCCCUUGGCGGUGGUCGAUUUCAGACCGUACGAAAUGUAUUCUUACUCACUCUCUGAACGGAUUCGGUUAGUGUUCGGUACGGAUGUUACAGUUUUUAUUAGGUAUUUAUAAAAGACGCAAUAUAUCUGCUUACCCGACGAUACUUUAUUCGGAACAUACCUAUAUUGGUAUUAUCAACAUGUUCGUCCUCUAUGUCCAUUUUGAUUAUUGUCGAUUUCGGGUUCCGUUGGAAACCGGGGAAAAACCACGGCUAUUACUAUACUACUCCGCUCAGAAUCGUGUUUUUUUUUAAACGACCGAUAAAACCGCGGUUUUCAGUUUUAAUCAUAAAUCAUAAAUCCGUAAAAAUAUUGUACCGCCGGGUUUAGAUAUUUUCAAUACGAUUCAUUUUUUUCAUUUUUUCGCCAAACGAUAUUUUGAAACGUACGAACAUACAAAUUGACAAACAACACAAUAUCGCGCGUUUUACCCGCGUGACAUCAUUUUCGAUGUUUUUACGGACCAAAUGAAAAACGUAUCACAUUAUAAAAAUACUGCACAGAAACAUAUAUUGACGCGAAAAGGUAUUGUUAAGCCCGUUCCAUCGCGGGAUUAGUACAUAUAAACGUAUAAAUGUAGACAUUCGUGACUGUCGUCGACGUAUUAUUCCCCGUCGAUAUAAAACUAAACCUAGAGCACGCGUCCAAACGCCCCUAAGCGCAAAAAUAAAACCGGCUUCCUUCGUCCCGGACGUUAGCGAAAUAAUAAUGAAAAUGCUUUCAAAGCAUAUACGAGUAUACGUAUAUUAUAUUUAUACGAACGCGCGCUGCCCAAAGACAAUAAUAUUGCAGCCGUACGCAUACUGCAGUAACUUGUGUUUAUAUAGCAAUUGACGUUUAUUUUGUAACUUUUUUUUUUUUUUCGGAUACGUCUGUCCGUCGACGGUCAAUAUUUUAAAAGCAAGCUCGACUAAAACCAUUUUUCGCGACCCGAACAGGACGCACCGGAAAUAUAAUAAUAUCGUAGGAUGUAAUGUACCAAUGAAAAAUCCAUAAAUAUAAGCACCGUCGUCGCUUAUUAUUAUUACAUCCUUAUACAUUUGGGAAUAAUUGUACAUAGGUUUCGGGACUCAUUGCACUGAAAAUUCACAAAAAUGCACUUAAAAACGUCAAAAAAGCCUCGAAAAAAAAAAAAAAGGUGCAUCAAGCAUAAAUUAUUAGACCAAAUGAUCGAAGAGUUUAAAGGUCCCCUGUAUAACGACGUUAAAUUACAUAAUUUUCUAACACGACACAAAUAAUUAACACGCAUAAUAAUUAGGUAACAAAACGUCAUUAUGUUUAAAUAAAAUUCUACGUAUUAUUAAAAAAAUUAAUUUAGGUUAAUAAUUUGUGUAGCGUACAAAAAUUGUAUUUAAUAAGUUAGCGCCGUUAGAGGAGGGACAUUUAAACCCUUCUAACAUUUUUGAUUUUUAAAUAUUUGUCAAGUGCAGUUUUUUGUGGAUUUUAACGCAAUAAGUUCUGAGCCCUAAUUGUAAAUAAAUACAAAUUAACAUACAUGACGGCCAGUGGCGCACAUCGGGGGUCGGGGGUAUCAACCGUCACCCGUCAGAAAAUUGGUGGGUGUCUUGUUCCAGGUGAGUUUAGAUGUUAUUUUUAUGUAUAUUUGUUUAGUAUUAACAGUAUUAAUUUAUAAUUGAGUUGUAUUCAUAUUUGUCUGGAGGGAUGGGUGGGUACCUAGAUAUUUAUAUUUUCUACGCCUUCGUGAAAAAUAUACCGUGCGCCACUUACGACGGCACUAUUUAAAAAUAUACACUCAAAUUUGUACAACUUUGGUUAUAAAUGUUAUAAUAUUAUAAUUCAAACACAAUGAUUUAUUAAUGUUUACACAGACCACCAUCACGCGAUACUGGCAGAGUCACUUCAUUUGUCCGUGCCGGCUCAUCCAAAUGCACUCAUUGCAGUGCCGCAAGUCCGUGAACAACUGCCUUUUAAUAACGUUUCGGCAAUACACGGCUUAGGUAACAAUAUUUUCGGCCGAAUAAAACUUCAAACGUCUUUCAAUCGUACUUAUAAUACAGUAAAAUAUUAUUAUUUUUUUAGUUCCUUACCAACCGUUUUACAAUAUCGUGCCGAAUUACGAACGUAAGUUUUCGCUUUGUGAAACGCAUUAAAUCCAAAAUCACCGAUUCCGGGUCGAUUUUAUUAUCGUUAUUUACAUUUUUUUUUUCAGAACAAUUCUUCAAUCCGUCUGGACCGGAGAACUGUAACCUAUUCAUAUAUCAUUUGCCACAAGAGUUAAGCGACAGUGCACUUGCCAACAUUUUCAUGCCGUUCGGCCGAGUCCUCAGCUCAAAAGUGUACAUAGAUAGAGAAACUAAUCAAAGCAAAUGUUUUGGUAAGUACAUUUAAAUGCGAUUAUUAUUGUGAAACAUUUUACGAAGUAGCAUGUAGCGUUAGUCGUGUUAUCAAAUCGAAUUUCGUCUUUGCACACACCAAGUUUAUCACCAUUCCCCUUACUGUUGUCAGUUAUACUUGAAAAAAAAAGGUUUGUCGCCACUCGAGUUUGUCGAUUGGUUUGUUUUGCGUCACCAAACCGCCGUUAUAAUUAUAAUACGAUAGAUACUGUUAUUCUUAGAAUAAUUAUCAAUGCAACGAUGGUUUUUGAUGAUUUUCAAAUAGUGUAUACCAGAAUUCAUACAAUAUUAUAAUAAUUUUAUCGAAAACCAUUGAACGCGAAUUAAUCAAUAAAUAUAGGCCGUUCCAUACUAUGUGUAUAUGUUAUUAUACCGUAAUAUAUUGUUACACCCUAUAAGUGAAUUUGUCCAAUUCAUGAAAUGGACUUCGAAAACGCAAUCCAUUUCAUGAACUAGUAUUUUAUGGGUAAAAUAUAUUUAUAAUUUGUUUGUCGAUUAAUGCAUUUAAAAUUCUGAGUGGAGACAGAUGUGUAUUGGUUUAACAUUGAUGUUUAUUUUAUUUUUCGUGAACAACUUUUCUACGAGCAAUUUUGCUACGAUUUACAAAGAUAGCACUUUUUCUGAAAAACAAAUCUGACUGGGAUGGUACUUUAGAGAGGUCAUUUUUUGAUUUUCCCAUGAAUUUUUCCAAUAAAUGGAAAAAAAAAACAUGGGUAAAACAUGAUAAAAACUGGGGAAAACGGGAAAAAAGAUACAAUGUUAAACAAUAUUAUUAAAGAAAGUAUAAAAUACAUAUGCAAUUAUUUUACUAUAAUGUAACAUAUUAAUGUAAAUAUUGUUGACAAAGCAACACUAUGAACCAAAGUCCACUCAGAAUCGUUUUUCGUUAGCAAUAGUUAAUCGUUACGUUUUUCUCUACCUUUCAACUUCUCACCUAGAACAGGCCCACUCAUGUGCGAAGUAUGUCCGUCUUUUUUAAUUCAUUAUUUUAUACUACAAAUAUUUUGUUAAAAAACUAAUAUUUUUAUUAUCAAAUAUAUUUAUUUACUUUUAUCCAACUCAUUUUAAAAAAUAUAUAAAUAUUUAAAUACAAUGAUUGUAUAUAAUAACAAAUUUAUAGCAAUUUUAAGUUUAUUAAAAAUAUAUAUUAGUACUUAUAUAUUUUACUAGUUUUUCUCAAUUCACGAAAUGGGCAUGUUAUUAACUAUCUUUUGUCCAUUCUAUGAACUGGACAAUAUCCACGUUUGGGGUGUAAUACAUUGGUUUAAUCAUUUAAAUUCAUUAUACACAGAUAAAUGGAAAUACUAAAAUACAAUGGUGACUUCGAGGCAAUUUUUUUAUUUAUCUCAGAGUUAUUAUUUUUACUAUUGGAAUUUCGUUAUUCUUAUAGCGACCGAUGACUAAACGCAUCGAUCUAUCAUCUACUUGCAUAUACGACGUUUUGCACGGGGCACCGUGCACCGAUCAUUGUGUACUCAUUAUUGCAUAACCCGAUCCCUUUCAGAAACCAAUAUUUUGAUAAAAUUUAACGACCACUUGUCGGCAGCAAUAUUACACCGAAAUAUGCUUUAUUAUUAUUUCGUAGCAGAACGGCUACCGUCACCUGUACAAUAUUAUAUACUAUCAAUAAGUAAUUUUAUCACUUUAUUAUGUUCCGCCUAAAUACAUAUUGUACAGGCGUUUGCAUGAGCCGCCACUGACAAGCGUAACGUAAUAAUAUAUUAUUCAUAUUCAUUCGCAUAUUCUUAGAAAAUCAAUAAAACGCGCAAGUACAUGUUUUUUAUUACAGUAUACUUAAUAUAUAAUGACUUGAAAUAAUAUGCAUGUGCAGUAAUUAUUUGUAAAAAUACCUCAUCAUUACAUUGAAAAUAUAAGUUACAAAGUGUACCUAAUAAUAUGCUUGAUUUUUAAUUUGAACACGUGCGCCAUUACUAUAUUACAACAUGCGGGUAAAUACUUUAGCGUAUCGCAAAAGGAAUUAAACGAGAACAAAAUAAUGAAUACGCACUUAAAUCGUCUCGUAUUAAAACGUAUACGUAAUAUUUGUGUAUACCAUUUUUUUCGCAACAGGUUUCGUGUCGUUCGAUAAUCCAACAAGUGCUCAAAUCGCUAUUCAAACGAUGAACGGAUUUCAGAUCGGCUCCAAAAGAUUAAAAGUGCAAUUAAAAAGACCGAAGAAGAGAUACUCGCAUAGACAGUACCCUCAAUCAUACAUGUAA